AUGCAGAGCAUGACAUGCAUCCUCUGGGACAUGGAGGAUUGCCCAAUCCCGGAAGGUCUGGAUCCUGCUUCGGUUUACGAGAAUAUCCAAUCAGCUCUCGCAAACAAUGGUUAUGGUGGUGAGGUGACAAUCCAUGCUAUCGGUGACAAGAAUCAGAUCCCUGGUUACUUCGAAUCCGCCGGAAUCGAGCUCAUACGCGCAGGAGAUAGACAUGCGAGACGUUUAGAAAUGACUAGGGGCAUUUUUGGCUGGACAUAUCAUUAUCCUGAGUCAAAUUUGAUGGUAAUCUCACGUGACAGCUCGGAUUUCUCCUCUUCUCUCGAAAGUUGUUGGUUAGAUGCAGCUCUGAAAAUUCUAAUAGCACAGCCUCGAAUGGCACCAAGAAGAUGUCGCAACUGCAGACUUAACAUUGCGAGUGCAGAGUGGCUUUGGGAAACCCUAGCUGUUGGAGGAGAUCCCAUUGUCAUCAACGAACACCCUUCUCUCUGACCAUCUCUAAUCUCUCUCUCUCUUCUCUCUCUCUCUCUCUCUCUAGUAAUUAUUCCUCUUGUCUGUUGUAAGUUAAGUACACUUUCUCUCUCUCUCUCUCUCUAGAAUACAGAACAAGUUGCCAAAAUCAAUGAAUGGAUUUUAUCUCAAAAACCCAAAACCAUCCUUGAUUCUCCGAAUUCUAGCUUCUUCUUACAUUUUCAUUAUCAC